AACUACUUCGAUCAUCGGAGGAAGGACGAGGAUAAAAUGAUCGAGGAUUUGGGGUUUGAUCACCGGUAUCAGGAUUCUAGGGCUGGAGGCGACGCUGGUGGAUUGGAUUUCAGCAAUUUCAAGCUUGUUCAGACCGCCUGCGUCAAUUUCGGAAAGGACCGGUUCGAUAUUUUGAGGUCCUUGUCGAGACAGGAUAUUCAGAAUUUGGUGGGUUUCGGAUGCCCAAGUGCAGACAAGAAAGUGGUUUUUUCUGCAAAAUUGUUGAGGAGACACGUGCAUCUUGAUGAAGGAGAUGUUUGUAGUUCCUGCAGUUUGAGGAAUUCCUGUGAAAGAGCUUACCUCCUAACCUUAAAAGAGGAUGAGGCGCGGACUAUUGACAUUAUGCGU